AGUACAGCAGAGCAUCCCCAACCAACAACACACUCACAUCGCGUUGCACAGCAAGUGAUAGCAGUAGCAGCUGCAGCGCACAGCGACAGCAAUGGCGGUGUUCGCGGCCAGGUUCGCCGUCGCCACGGUCGCCUCCUUUGCCGUGCACUGGCUCGUCCACUCCUUCCUCCAGUACCAGCACCCCGCUCUCGUCCUGCUCCUGCCGGUCGCCGUCUUCGUCGGCAUCGUCGCGACGGGUAGCGACAGCAGCGGCGCCGGGAGCGCGCCUCCGGGCCCGGCGGCCGUGCCGGUGUUCGGCAACUGGCUGCAGGUGGGCAACGACCUGAACCACCGCUUCCUGGCGCGCCUGUCCGCGCGGUACGGUCCCGUGUUCCGCCUCCGCCUCGGCGUGCGCAACCUCGUCGUCGUCUCCGACCCGCGGCUCGCCACGGAGGUGCUCCACACGCAGGGGGUGGAGUUCGGCUCCCGCCCCCGCAACGUCGUCUUCGACAUCUUCACCGCCAACGGCGCCGACAUGGUCUUCACCGAGUACGGCGACCACUGGCGCCGCAUGCGCCGCGUCAUGACGCUGCCCUUCUUCACGGCGCGCGUCGUGCAGCAGUACAGGGGUAUGUGGGAGGCCGAGAUGGACGCCGUCGUCGCCGACAUCUACACCGAUCGGGUCGUGGCCCAGACCGCCAGAUUCUUCGUGCGCCGCAGUCUCCAGCUCAUGCUCUACAACAUCAUGUACCGGAUGAUGUUCGACGCGCGCUAUGACUCCAUCGACGACCCCAUGUCGUCGAGUCACCAAGUCACUCGAGCGCAGCCGCUCGCGCAGAGCUUCGAGUACAACUACGGCGACUUCAUCCCCAUCUUGCGCCCUCUACGCGGCUACCUCAACAAAUGCAGGGUGCAGACCAGGAGGCUCGCCUUCUUCAACAACAACUACGUCGAGAAGAGGAGGAAGGUCAUGGACACACCCGGGGACAAGGACAAGCUCCGGUGCGCCAUCGACCACAUCCUCCAGGCGGAGAAGAACGGCGAGAUCACGCCCGACAACGUCAUCUACAUCGUCGAGAACAUCAACGUCGCCGCCAUCGAGACCACGCUCUGGUCCAUCGAGUGGGCGCUCGCCGAGGUCGUCAACCACCCGGACGUGCAGCGCAGGGUCCGCGACGAGAUCAGGGGCGUGAUCGCCGACGACGAGCCCAUCACCGAGUCCAACAUCCACAAGCUCCCCUACCUGCAGGCCGUGAUCAAGGAGACGCUGCGCCUCCACUCCCCGAUCCCGCUCCUCGUCCCGCACAUGAACCUCGAGGAGGCCAAGCUCGGCGGCUACACCAUCCCCAAGGGAUCCAAGGUGGUGGUGAACGCCUGGUGGCUGGCCAACAACCCGGAGCUGUGGGAGAAGCCCGAGGAGUUCCGGCCGGAGCGGUUCCUGGGCGAGGAGAAGGCCGUGGACGCCACCGUCGGCGGGAAGGUGGACUUCAGGUUCCUACCGUUCGGUGUGGGCCGCCGCAGCUGCCCCGGGAUCAUCCUGGCCCUGCCCAUCCUAGCGCUCAUCGUCGGCAAGCUCGUGCGCAGCUUCGAGAUGGUGCCGCCCGGCGUGGAGAAGCUCGACGUCAGCGAGAAAGGCGGGCAGUUCAGCCUGCACAUUGCCAACCACUCUGUCAUCGCUUUCCACCCAAUCUCUGCAUGAACUACGAGCGCUAGCUGCGGGUCAUGUCUGCAGAUGAAACUUAGCCUGCACGAUAACUUUCGGUUUUGAUUGGUAUACGGGUUACAGAAUUUAUUUUGAGUCUUUCUCGGAUAUGUAAUUUGGAAAUUGAAAUGUUAAUGUCAUCAUUCAUACUAAUUUGAGACUGAGUUCUGCUCUAUUUCCCGCCA